CCGCCGUCCUCUGCCGCUGCUACCGCUGUCGCCGCCCCGGAUCCUCAGGCCGAGCUGUAGGACGGCCGGCUGCCCAUCAGCGGCGGUGCGGAGAGCGGAGCCGCGGGACCGGUGGACAGGCGGGCAGGCCGACAGAUUAAUCUAACAUGGCUGACCAGAGGCAGCGCUCACUGUCUACCUCCGGGGAAUCAUUAUAUCAUGUUCUUGGGCUGGACAAGAAUGCAACCUCGGAUGACAUUAAAAAGUCCUAUCGGAAGCUGGCCCUGAAAUAUCACCCUGACAAGAACCCUGAUAACCCAGAGGCUGCAGACAAGUUUAAGGAGAUUAACAACGCCCACGCCAUCCUGACAGAUGCCACGAAAAGAAACAUUUAUGACAAGUACGGCUCCCUGGGGCUCUAUGUGGCCGAGCAAUUUGGGGAGGAGAACGUCAACACCUACUUCGUACUCUCCAGCUGGUGGGCCAAGGCCCUGUUCGUUGUCUGUGGCCUCCUCACGUGCUGCUACUGCUGCUGCUGUUUGUGCUGUUGCUUUAACUGCUGCUGUGGAAAGUGCAAGCCCAAGGCACCUGAGGGUGAGGAGACAGAAUUCUACGUAUCGCCUGAAGACCUGGAGGCACAGCUGCAGUCUGAUGAGAGGGAGGCUACAGACACGCCGAUCGUCAUACAGCCGGCAUCUGCCACAGAGACCACCCAGCUGACGGCUGACUCCCACCCCAGCUACCACACCGACGGGUUCAACUAAAUUCAGGAGAGGCUGUGAUUAGAGGAUGAAUCAGCACCUGGCCACUGCAACCUUAGAAUCAUGAACUGUAGUCACUGAGAUGGGGAGGCAGCCGUCAACCUGACCUGCUGUGGCUGGUCAGGGUCCCUCCCACCUCCUCUAAGCCCACUCAUCUGUCAAACCUUGAUACACGAAGUGCGUAGCAUGCAGUAUUUAAAGCAGUGUAGCUACGGUCUUCUUCUGUUUUAUCCUUUUUUUAAUAGCAUGUAUGGGUUAUGUUCAGUGUCUGUGUUGUGGAUGUGCUACAACUGGGCUGAAUUAACUGGAUGGUAGUGCUUUCUUGGGUUUUCAGCCAAGUGAGUCCAGUGAGGUUCAGCUGUCUCCUUGUGCUUACAGGAGUCAGGUAGGCACCUGGAGCUACAUCUCCAUGUUGGCCUCUGUGUCCUGUGACAUGGUCUAGUCCAUGGCUCUGAUCUCAUCCUCAAGGCUGCAGACAGGGUUCUGAUUUCACCUGCGAAGGAGGGAGCUGGGCCCCAUCCUCCCAGGCACCACCAGCAUCAGUCGUUUGCACAGUGUUCGUGUUGGGAAGCUUUCAUAGGGUCUCUGCAUCAUCACUCGGCCUCGUGACAGUUUUCCUGUGUUAGAUCUGCUAUGGAGAGUGCAGGUAUGCCCCUUCUGAAAGUGGGAGCACACUCUGUGUAAUGUUUCUAUCUUGGGUCUCCUGGCCUUGUGGACUGAGAUCCUAUCAUUGGAGGCAUGUCCCUUGCUGGUGUGUGGGAAAUCAUUUGUCUCUGUUCUGCACCUUUCCAGGUCAAAAGCUGGAUUGACGGGGCCACAGCCUCCUUCCCUCAUUCCUGGGUCAUCUUCCACAUUCCUUCAAGCCAACCUUUUUAAUCUUGUUUUUGGACUUUAAGAACCACAAAUGGUAGCACCUGUCACUUAGUCAUAGUCAGAAAGUCUUGGAGUCCAGUUGUGGGUGGCAUAUAGCUGCUUAUAAAGAGUUUGAGUGCCCUGUGCUUGCCAGAGCUCCAUCCAUCCCCCACUUGCCUUCGCUUCCACUUGUCAUCAUCAUGCCUCUGCCAGAGCUGAAGUGUUGGGUUCCUGGGGUAGGUGACUGGUCCCUGGUGACCCUGGAUCAGAAGGGUUGGCUACUAGGGAAGCUAUGGUAACAGUCACUCGGCCUGAGAUGCCAACUGCAGGCCACAGAAUUUCUUUGUGAACCUCUCUCUAGUCAGUAUUUCAGUCUUGGUCACAGGGUACCAUGGUGGGUGGAGUUGGAAAACAUGGUUACCAGGGAUUUGGAACCACCCCACCCUUUUACAGUUAGCUGGAUUAGCUACACCAGACUCCAAUGAGCCAGGUUCCUCCAGAGCCUUCCUGCUGGCUGCUGCUGACCAUCUGCAUUUCCAGUACAGAUGAAGAAGGAGAAGGCCCAUGUGGUGGCUCAGUGGCUCAGACAAACCACCAUGUGUUUCCGAAACCCACCCUGUCCACCUCCUGACCACAGCUCACCAGGGCCUUCAGGGACCAGAUCAGGCUGACAGGAAGUUGCAAGAAGAGGCAGCAAACCUGGCAGUGUUUGUGGGUACCUGUCCAGGUCCCGGGAAACAAUGAUGCCAGGAUUCCUAGCUGACCCUAUAGGAGAACUAUAUGAGCCAAAAGCUGGAGUCAAGGUCCUUCCCUGGUCUUAUUGGUUUGUUUUGUUCUUUAAAGGAUUUUAGGGAUAUUCAUUAACAUACUCAGAAAUAAUUUGCAAACAUCAGAUCUAUGGCUAGAUGUAGUGGGACAUGCCUGUAAUCUCAGCACUAGGGAGACUGAGGUAGGACGACCUUGAGUUGUAGGCAAGUCAGGCUUUACACAGUAAGACCCCGACUCAAACAAACAUAGUAGGAGAAUGAGAAAUUUGUUGCUGGACCCAUUGUUGAAAUGGUGGAAGAAGAGAGGCCACUGGGUAAUCUGGGGUGCAGGUCUUGGUGCCCAUAGGUAACUGAUGAGUAGAGAGCUGCCAUCUGGUAGCAUGUCCCUCCUGCAUGUGGCUCUGUGGCCUUUCCCUCACAUCCUAGUGAGCCAGGUCCUGAACUGGGACUUGUGCUGUUAGGUGAGAGCACAGAAGUUGAACCUAGUGUCUUUUGGAACUUGUAAAGCUAAAUAAAUCAUGUUGAACUUGAAACCAUCAAUAUGUCGAACAGUUUCAAGGUGAUAAUAGUGAUUGCCAAGGCCAGUGAACUCCCUGACCUAUCCCUGUAUGCAGACUCCCUUCAGGGUUUUUACUGUGUUGAUCUAAGGUCUCCUUGAUUUUAUUUGCCCUGACCUAAGCAUAACUGGUGAGUCUCAGGAUCAGCCUAACUAUUCCUGACCAAAUACUAUUAAAUAUAAAGACACACACACACUCCCCAAACUCCUAUACUGGUGGGCAAUGUAGAUGGUGCUGUGGUGUAUUGCCAAGGGAGUGCUGGAGUCUGUGCAUGGAACUUCAUCCAGUGCAGUGGAUAUCCCUUCAGGACCAGAAACUGACCACAUCUGAGAGACCCUGGGGACCCAUCUCACCAAGGCUAGAAUGUAGAUUUCUGUUUGUUCCCAAUGAUGUGGUCUUUCCUUGUCUUCCUUUUGACUGUAUUUUUAAAUUACUUUAGAUAAUUCUGUGCAAUGUUUAUAACCCUUCCUAGUCUUCUGAUGUUUGGUUAGCACAGCUAGCACCCAGCUAGGACCUGUUAGAAAAAGAAAUCAGUGCUUACUGUGGUUAGCAGGAAACUUUUCCAAGUUGUUGGUUUCUGGGUUUGUUCCCGAAUCAUAAAGACAGUCUUUUCUCAGAUGUUCAGAUGCCAGGUUUUUACUACCAUCAGUGCCCAUUGUCCUGCUGACCCAUGGCUUUUAUUCCAGGUGAACCUUGUCCAAAGGAGAUGCCAUUGUUGUAGCUGGUAGUCUCCAGAGAUGGUGACCCAAUCAUUCAAGCUGUCCCUGGAGGGUCUAGGUGCUGUGGUAUGGAGAACUGGUGGGCCAUGACCAUCUUUCUUUGGCCUUUAAUGCACCUUUUAUUGAGGGAUAGCUGUGAACAAUGUAAAACAUGACUGAUCUCAUUCUUUUCCCAGUGUUUUGAGCUGUGAACCCAUGUGUCCCAGCACUGGCCUGUUCCUUUUACUUUGGUUGAGUUAUCCUCCUAUGGAAAUAGCAAAAGCUACAUCUUACUAUCCUCACAAGCACAGUAUGUGUUGUCAUAUGCUGUGAAUGUGGGCUAUGGUAUGUGUUGGUGUGUGUACAUAUGUGUAUAUGUAUAUAUCACGCAGCAGGCCUGUCAUGCUGCUGUUUGGUGGCAAAGCAACAAGUACAAUAAAAGUCGGCUCCAAAACAGCCUGCGGUUUCUUGGAGUGUUGGGCAGGGGUAGGGUCUCCUGGCAAAACACAAAAGGAAAACCCUAAGCUUAUUGUGUACAUAUAGGUACAUGUACCUGAAUGCACUACAUAGGCCCUGGCCAGCAUUUGGUUUCAAAUAUGUAUGUUGGGCACAAGGGUGACCAUAUCAAAUAAUAUUCCUGGGGACCACAACAAACUUACCCGACCCUCAAAUAUAUGAGGUCUAGAAGCUUUCCUCUCUUGAAAAACUUGAGACCAAUUUAUGAGCACCCGUUAAAAUCAGUGACCAAGGUGCAUGUAAAGGGUAGCCUGGGCAGGGGUUUUCUGCAGUCAAGAAAAGGCCCUGCCUAAGUGCCCAUAGGCUGUGCUGCUGGUAGAUAAUUUUCUAGGUUAGUGUUUCAUGCUAAGUUGGGGGAACAAAUUUUCACUUAAAGAUAAUUUUUAAGAGCUGAAUGCAAGUGCAUGGAAAGCUGUACUAAUUUUAACCACAACUGAAGUCUGUAUACAGCAGAAUACAAGCUGCUGUCUGCCCCUCCUCCCCCCAGGCUAACUGACUUUGGCGUACCUCCAAGGGCCAAGCUGAAAGCUGUGGUGGUUCCGCAUGGUGACCUGUCUAAAUGUUGACCUAAAAUAAAUGUUUUCACUGCAGA